GCAACGAUUGCAUCGGAUGUCUUCUGCUCUGGUCUGACCAGCAUUCAGACACUCUCUUCAUCGAUUAAUAAUUACUUUGGUAAUUGCAUCACUGUUGUUCACUCGGAGACGUGCUGAUUUCGAACAGUUUGCCUUCUUCCUUACCGGGUAUAAAACCAGCAACCCCAUGUAGGUUCUGUAAUGCAUCUUCGACGAGAUGGUGGCCAGCCACAGCUUACGAGUCCUCGCGGUGCCCCAGCUGUUUGUUUUGUUUGCUUGGUUUGUUUUUUCUACUGAAUGCAGGACUUUGAAAUGCUCGCCUGGGAAGCCAUGCUCGGACAGAACACCAGUUAUCAUCAUUCCAGGCGACCUGGGCAACCAGCUGGAGGCGAAGCUGGACAAGCCCAGUGUGGUGCAUUACAUCUGCUACAAGAAGACCGAUGCGUACUUCACACUCUGGCUCAACCUGGAGCUACUCAUGCCCGUCGCCAUCGACUGCUGGAUUGACAACAUGAGGCUCAUCUACAACCACACCACCCAUACCAGCAAUGCUCCAGAGGGUGUGGACAUCAGAGUGCCAGGGUUUGGCGAGACCGAGACUGUGGAGUACCUGGACCCCGGCAAGCACUCUGUGGGGAUGUAUUUCUUCUCCAUUGUGCAGGGGCUGGUUAACGAGGGCUAUGUCAAGGGAGAUGACAUCCGUGGAGCUCCCUAUGAUUGGAGGAAAGCACCAAACGAAAACAAGGCGUACUUCUUGAAGCUGCAGCAGAUGAUUGAGGAGAUGGCUGAGCGAGCUGGGCGGCCGGUGGCGCUGAUCGCCCACAGCAUGGGCAACGUCUACACCCUCUACUUCCUCAACCACCAGCCACAGGCCUGGAAGGACAAGUACGUCAGGACCUUCAUCGCACUCGGACCACCCUGGGCUGGGGUCGCCAAGACCCUCCGAGUGGUCACCUCUGGUGACAACGACCGUAUCCGCGUGAUCAGCGCUCUGAAGAUCCGCGAGCAGCAGCGCACAGCCGUCUCCACCGUCUGGCUCUUCCCCAACGCCAACAGCUGGCCCGCCGACAAGGUCCUCCUCAGCACACCUGCCGCCAACUACACCCUGCGGGACUACGAGCAGUUCUUCACGGAUGUGGGCUUCCCGGACGGCUGGGAGAUGCGCAAGGACACCGAGGGCCUGGUGGCUGCGCUGGAGCCCCCCGGCGUGGAGGUGCACUGCAUGUUCGGCAGCGGCGUGCCCACGCCAGAGUCCUACCGCUACGACACGUUCCCCGACGCCGAGCCCAGCGAGGUGACGUUCGGGGAUGGGGAUGGCACCGUAAACCUGCUGAGCGCCACGCAGUGCAAGAGGUGGGUGGGGCGCCAGCGGCACCCCGUCAAGCUGGUGGAGCUGCCGGACAACGAGCACGUCAACAUGCUGCUCAACCAGACCACGGUGGCCUACAUAAAAGCUGUGCUCGACCAGCUUUGAUCCCUCGCCUAAGACGUGCAGAGUGCAGACACAUAAGCAUGAAUGAAUGGAUGGUCAAGCUAUAUAAGCCUAUUUUAGGUGCACCACCUGUAGAUUUGGGCUACAUGAAUGCCAAUGCUUGAGUUAGCCUUGACCUACACGUGUUGUGCAUUUCCUCUGACUUUUCCCUGUGUCAUAGCCUUGCCACCAUAGAACUAUAACUAUCCAAUCACCUCAAUUCCUGGCAGGUGAACAGCUGAUCUUGCCCAUGGCUAGAGUCGGUUUGGUUGGGGCACAGCUCAUCUUUGCCAGUCAGACAACAUCCAGCAAGGCUAAGUGCUGCCAGCCUUGGUGUCCAAAAUGACCUGAAACGCCUCGAUUCCCAAAAUGGCCGAAGCCUCUGCCUAGAGUUGACCUCUCGGGCCACCUCAGUGUUUUUCCGUUACAGUGUCAGGACCACAAGCUCCAAUCAUCAAAUGAUGAACUUUGUCUCUAAGUUGGUGUGUAGGUAAUUAUUACAAUGAAAGGAGAAUGUGAUUCUCUCCAAAUCUCCAAAAAAGAUUUUGAAAUCUUGUGGUCUCCUGUGUUGUGCUAAAAAGAUGUGGGUCCUGCUUAGCCAACUGGGCUGACAGUUUCUGCCUUCGCUAACGUUGGUAUACAAAGUAAUAACUUGCAGUAGAUGUAUGAUGUGCAUUAUGUCUUGAUGGUAUAUUAAAUAUUGAAGUUCUUUUGUUUCAGACAUCUAGCUGACAUGUUUCGACAGUGAAACUUCUGUCUUCAUCAGAGGGACACCAAGACGGAAGUUUCACCGUGAAAACAAGUCAGGUUAAAAGUAACAAACUUUUACAUGUCUGAAACAAAAGAACUUGAAUAUUUAAUAAUUUACAGUGCCUCUGGUCUGCUUUGAGAAAAGUGGGCUUGUUGUGUGUGUUGUGUACAACGACUGCAGGAAGAAGGAACUGUUUAUAUGAGUUUUACAUGUUUUUAUCAGGGUCUGGGAGAAUGCUAUACAAUGCAGUAUUUAUCACUUCAGAAGAAUGAUUGUGGAAUGCUGGUGCCAUUUGACAAAGUUAACUAUCCACUCAUGUGUGUUGUUUCCCCCUCUUUUAUCCUUCUGUGUUUGUUGCUUAAUUUCAAUUAUGACGUUAAUCACUGGUAUGUUGAUGUGAAGCAUUUCUGUAAAGACUGGAAAGGGGUGACAUGAAAUUCAGGUUGAUAGAGAUUAGUGUUAAAAAUGUUUGUGUGUUUUCCAGUGGACUAGUUAAUGUAGUCCAUAUCUCGUUACAUUAGGUUUGACGCAUCUUGUACUAACCCACCCAUCAAAACCCCAAUGUUUAGUUUUCCCUAUGUCACAUAUCUGUUGCAUUAUACAAUCAAAGAUGGAGGUAUGUUGUGGACCAUGUCUGUUAUGCGAGUUCCUUGUUACUUUGAUGGCCUUUUCUAACCACUGUACUAGCGCAAAACGUAAUUCAGAAUAUUUUUAUGAUCUGUGAUUUUGACUAGGCUAGGUUAUAACCCAUGGUGAUGCUGGAAGACAAAUCUUGUAACUUACUGUAAUUACUUUAUUUGUUUUUUUUGUUUUUAAUGAAUGAUAUUUUAAUGGUGGAAAAACGAGUGAACGUGGUGAAGACACAUGGACUUCAAACAGAGAUCCUACUGCCAUAGAUUACUUAAACCAUGGUGGAUGCAGGAAAUCAGUUUUUGUCUAAAUGUUUGUACUUACUGGGUGUUAUUGAAAAGAACAUCUUCCAAAGAA